GAAAUUAUCCGCGAGAUGUUGAAAGUUCAUCAAAUCAAUUCAUUGUUUUCUUAUUGGUGCUGACCUCUACCGUGAGGCCGUGAGAAGAGAAUCAAGACCAGCGUGUUGUAUUGAACUGUCUUGGUUCUUAAUUUUAUUUUUCGUUUUAAAUGUUUUAAUAUUCGUGUAUUUAAACUUGUUUUACGAUUCGAAGUCAUGGAACAGCAGCGUUGUGAUUUUCCUUUUCCGUUCAUACCUUAUGACAAUCAGUCAAAUUUUAUGAAAAGCUUGUAUUCUGUUUUGCAAAAUGGUUCGCUUGCCAUCAUGGAGAGUCCGACCGGCACCGGCAAAUCGAUGAGUUUGAUUUGCGGGGCUGUUGCCUGGCUUAAAGAUUUUGAGGAGGCUGAAAUGAAACGAUUGGAAACUAAAGCCAACAGUCAUGCCCAAGAGACUACCUCUUCAAAUUCUUCGGACGACUGGUUCAAUGACCAAUUUAAGUUGAUUGGAAAGAAACAUGAAGCUGACAAGGCCAAGAAAGCGCUCAGAGAAAUCCAAGAGCAACUUCAACAGAUAAGCCUUUAUCCCAAUGAAUUAAAAAAAUUCAAGGAACUAGAAGAGCUCCGUCAAAGAAAUAGGACAGUUCCAAAUAAAUUUCAAGAAAACAAGCUUGCUAAAGAGCAGCAUAUUCUAGAUUCUGAUCUACUGCUUGUUGAUGGAGAAACUGAACUUAGUGACGAAGAGGAUGAAGAGGAUGUUGAGAAAGCGCGGUUGCCCAAGAUCAUAUAUUGCAGUCGAACUCACUCACAGUUGGCCCAGUUUGUGUCUGAAAUUAAAAAGAGCCCAUAUUCAAAAGAUCUCAGAGUUGUUACUCUUGGUUCAAGACAGAACUAUUGUAUCAACGAGGAAGUUGUUGGUCUCAAAAACUCCAAUCUGAUUAAUGAAAGAUGUCUCCAGCUGAGACAGAACAAAUCAUCAACCAAACCGUCAGGGGCAAAGCGACAGAAAAGAGAGAACUGUCCUUUUUCCUGCAAUUCUAAUGGCAUGAAGUUCAUCAGAAUGUCAGCAAUGACUGAAGUUCUUGACAUGGAAGAUUUGGUCCAGAUAGGCAGGAAAGAAGAUGCCUGCCCAUAUUACGCCACCAAAGCCAGUGUCGAUGAUGCCCAAGUCAUCAUUGCUCCUUACAACAUUCUCUUACUAAAGGAAUCUCGCGAAGCCUAUGGAUUAAAUUUAAAGGGAAACGUAAUCAUAAUUGACGAAGCUCACAAUCUGCUGGAAACAGAAAGCAGUAUUCAUUCCACGGAAGUGAAUUUAGUGCAACUUACAUGUGCCCACUCUCAACUGGCCCAAUACCUUGAAAAAUACAAAACAAAAUUAGCUCCGGCAAACUUACUCAAAAUCCGGCAGCUGUUGCAAGUGAUAACUCGUCUCACCUCUAUGAUUGGAGACAAAUCUGUGAAGUCAGAAAAAGUUUUUACUAUGAAUGAGUUUUUGAAUAAAUCUGAGCUAGCGGAUUUCAACCUUUUGGAAUUGGUUAACUUCACGAGGUGCUCAAGACUAGCACAAAAGCUCAAUGGUUUCACAAUUCGUUUUAAUCCAACUCUGGAGCCUCCAAAAAGCAAGAAGGAUGAAACUACACCAAAAACAGGAUUUCAUAGUUUUCUAAACAAAGUCAAUAAAAAGAAUGCAGACACGAAUCCGCCUGCCCAAGAGGAUACUGCAUCAGGGAUAUCAAUAAUAGACAGCGGCGUCGGAAUCAACCCCAUUCUACCAGUGCUGAACCUGAUGAAUAAGCUAACAUGUCAAACCGAGUCGGGUAGAGUGUUGUGCCUUUCAGGGCAGCAUCACAGCUUGAUAAAGUUCGUUCUUCUGAACCCUGGAAGCAUGUUUGCGGAUAUUGUGGCAGAAGCAAGAGCAGUCGUUCUAGCAGGAGGAACAAUGAAACCAACUUGGGACGUCAGGCACGAACUUUUCAAUGACUCGGAAAGGAUUGUUGAGCACUUCUUUGGACACGUAGUUCCAGCUGAAAAUGUGUUGCCACUUGUCUUAAGCAAUGCACCUUACCCCUGCGAGUUUGACUUCUCUUUCCAGUCACGGAACAACAGAGAAAUGAUCAAAGCGUUAGGCCGCACAUUGAGUAACAUUUCAUCUGUGGUGCCCCACGGGAUUGUCGUAUUUUUUCCAUCUCAUAAAUACCUGGACCAAGUUUAUCGAAUUUGGAGAGAAGAGUCAGUGGAUGAAAGUCUGGAGAAAUGCAAAAAGUUGUUUAAAGAGCCUGACACUAGUUCACAAGUUGACCAGGUUUUGAAAGAAUAUGCGGCGAUUUGUAAACCGCCUGGGAAUGGAGCCAUGCUGUUAUCAGUUGUUGGAGGUCGACUUAGCGAAGGCAUCAACUUUUCCGAUGAACUGUGUCGGUGUGUGAUAGUUGUUGGGCUUCCAUAUCCCAAUAUCAAAUCCCUAGAACUCCAGGCCAAAAUGGAGUAUCAAAGAGUCAAAUUUAAAUCGGUGGCUGAAGGAAAAGACCCAGCAUCAGAGUAUUACAAUAAUUUGUGCAUGAAAGCUGUCAAUCAGUGCAUUGGGAGAGCCAUCCGUCACCAAAAUGAUUACGCAGCAAUGGUUUUGCUGGAUAAAAGGUACAAAUCGCCACAUGUCAGGUCUGCACUACCAUCGUGGAUUGAAAACAAUCUCAGUAUUUCCAAGGAUUUUGGCUCUGGUUUUUCAAUGCUCAGAAAGUUUUUCUUCUGCAAAAAAACUGAAGCUGGAGGUAGUGACCAAAAAUAGCAAUGCAGAUAGAAGGUCAGUUCUCGUUAAUUGUCGUUAAUUUACUAUCAGUUUCUGACUUCACUUUCAACUAAUAAAAAAAUAUAAUUUAAUAAAAUAUUAAUUUAAAUAAUUUGUUUCCAAGAUGGAUCAAAUUUAUAGGGCAAAUUAAAAAAUAAUAUUAUCUUUGAGAGCCUGAGAGGGACCAGAUUUGUGAUGUAAAAGCUGUACAAUCAUUAAACUUAUUUUGUCAAAUAAUUCCUAUUGGAUAUUACAACUGAUCAACUAAAUGCUAAAAUAAUCCUUUGUUGGAUAUCCCCUUUGUUUAUAAAAGAUAAUUUAUUUUCAUUUUAAGGAAAACUUCAAAUUUUAAAUAAUUUUUGAUACAAACUAUAUAAUUUAAUAAUUCAAAUAAUUAAUUUUUUGAAACCACUGUUAUUGAAUUAGAACAAUUAAAUAAGCAAAUGUUUUUCAACUUGAUACUUAUCCUGAUACUUGGAUUGCUGAUACUUACUACCGCGGACACUUACUACCCGGUAUUUUACUACCCGUUGUGGGGAGAGGCGCUGGCGGUAUGGGCGAUAUAUCGUUCAAAUAUCGAAUCGUUUGCAACGGUUCUUUACUACCGCACGGGCUGAAAUGAAUUAAGUGAUUUUAUUUGAUUGAAGGAAUUAUUAAAAAAAAUCGCAUUCAAAAUGAAAUGAAAUGAAAAAAUUUGAAAAUUUAUUUAUAUUUUUAUAAUUUUGUUUGUGAUC